AGAAACCUCGCGGGCUAUGGCCCCUCCCGGACUCGAGAAGACCCCGAAGGAAGAUGCAGCUGCAUAAAUAGAGCUUGGUCUUCCCGUGGGGCAUCAGUCGUCAUACUCCCAAACCCUCAUACAACCCAAUCUCAACGUCUUUCCUCCUCACUUCUCAAUCUGCUUGAUCUUCAUCCCUUGAAAACACAGCUAUUCCAAGCAAAUGGCAGCACCAGGAGGCGAGUUCUUCAUCCAGAAGAACAUCAAGAAGACCGCGGCGCAUCAUGAGUCCUUCAAGCAGCUGUGGGAGACCAAGUGGAAGGCACCAGCUAAGAUGGGUGUAUACCCAUUCAUGUUUGGUACCACAAAAGACUUCCAGCCCAUCGUUGACGAGCUUGUGAAGCAAGACUUCAAGGAACCCUACGACUGGGAUGCCUAUGCCCAGGUGUAUUUCCCUAAAGCUGAGGAGCUCACAAAGAUUGCCGAGGAGGCCGAGAAGGCAGGCGAGAUUGAGAAGGCUUCGGAAUACUAUUUACGAUCAUCGGCCGUAUACCGCAUCUCCCGCUUUCCAGCACCGCGAUCAGAGAAGCAGAAGUAUGCGUGGAAGGUGGGAAAGGAAAUGUGCAUCAAAGGCCUAGGACUGCGGCCACACCCCGUCCACGAAAUCUUAGUCCCCCACAAACACGCCAUCGAAGGCGAAGGCGCCCAUAUCCCAAUCUAUCACCUCCUUCCAGACACCGCAACCGCUGAAGCCCCGGCUCCCCUUCUGAUCAUCAUGACUGGUCUUGACGGCUACAGGACCGAGCUUGCGGUCUGGAUGGAGGGCUGGCGACAGAAGGGCGUAGGAACGAUUGUUCUCGAGAUUCCAGGAACAGGAGACUCACCCGCGCUUCCCGGCGACCCAAAGAGCCCGGACAGGCAAUACGAGAGCUUGCUGGACUGGAUAGACACACAAGACCGGAUCAACAAGAAGAAGGUGUGUGUAUGGGCAUUCUCGACCGGUGGAUACUAUGCCAUUCGGUUGGCGCACAUGCAACCGCAUCGUUUGGCGGGAGUGGUUUCUCAGGGAGGAGGCGUGCACCACAUGUUUGAUCCUGCAUGGUUGGAAGAGGUCAACCAUUUGGAGUAUCCCUUUGACCUUGCCAACACGCUGGCCUACAAGUACGGCUACGGAACCGACAUCGAGAAGUUCAAGAAGGAGGCUUCGGACAAGUUCUCGUUGCUGAAAGACGGCACGCUUGACAAGCCGGAGUGUGCUAGAUUGUUGCUCGUCAAUGGCACCGAAGACGAAAUCUUCCCCAUCGAUGACUACUACCUUGCACUGCAGCACGGCGCGCCAAAGGAAGCUCGUUUCGUCCCCAAGACCAAGCACAUGGGCGAGCCAGACGCCUUCUUCAUCAUCCUAAAAUGGCUCUACGCCAUCUUCGACGUCGCGGACAAGAAUCCGAUCACGCAAAUGAAGACCAUGCCUUUCCAGCCCAAAUACUAGCUGACGGAAGGAAGCUAACGUAUCGGUCAAGGAAUCGUGGAUCUGGGGUGGCUCGAUGGAUUAUGUGUGUACGCAUUAUGGAUGGGUUCAUGGCGGCAUUUACGGGACUGGGUUUACGACAUUCCAGAUGCGAUAGCCGGGUGUGGCUGGGCGGGGUUGGAGGGCUAGUUAGUAUAUGGGAGAAAUGGGAGGUGCUCUUUGCGAGGUAGGACAUUAUCUUAGCUUGCGAGUGUCUUUCAGGGCGCUUUGAUUUGGCAGGUGGGUGAGGUCGGAGCGCCUCACCUGCGUAAGUUAAAUGCCAGAUCUACUCGUCACUACUUCACCCACAUUGUCAAACAGCCCCGUAUUUCUUUCGAUUUCCACCGUCAAUCGUUCUUCAGCUCGGCAGCCUGAAUUUCACAUCUACUUAUCAACCGUGCGAUUUGCAAUGCC